AUGUUGACAUCUAGAAAAAUCAAAAAGAGGCAGGCUUUCCUGCUGAAUUACGGAAGCGGACCAAAAUCCUACUUCAAGCGGGAAAGCGCCGUGAUAAUGGCUGUUGUCACGAUCCUUAUUAUCGGUGCCGGUGCGUUUGGCCUCUCUGGCGGGUUCCUAAGCAUCGGCUACCUCUUUUUAUUAGCCCUUAUUGGCCUUGUCAUUGGCUUUAUCGCAACGUUUCUUGCUUACCAUUACCAAGUGACGCAGGCACGCAAGACCAUGGCUUCGGUUUUCCGACCCUGA